AGCCCGGGCAUGGAGUUAGCAUACAUUGGAUAUGGAUUGUUAGGUGAGUUGUUGAUGGAUAUGCAUGUAUAGUGUCGGACUUGGUUAUGGCCAGAAGACGGGCCAUUGUAUCACUCACUCCCAGAUUGUACCCGAAUGUGAUAUAUGAUACAUCUCAAAAACAAUGCAAUACAAAAUCUAGUAUGCAGAUUAACCAGAUUAACCACAUAUUAUACUUUCCAUAUUGAGCUUCAUCGACCAUACUUAGCCUUCGACCGAAUGUGUAAUGGGUUCAGAAAAGACAGUGUUUCCGGCGUUGUGUGCAACUACAUAAUCCUAAUUAUAAUAAAUAAAAUUGUAUAUGGGCUAUCAUAUAGGUGCUUGAUUACGAAAGUGGUAUUGUAUCCAAAUGCUAUGAAUAGAGAAAAGUCACUAGUCGACAUGACCAAAAAGACAUCAAUAGAGCUCCACUACUAUCACCAGAACUGACAAGUCAGUGCCUUUUCUAUUCAUGAAUAGAUAGAGGGCCCAUUCUACUAGUGAAAUGCAU